UAAGAUGUCAGACAGUGAAUCCAUAAAGAAAAUGUUAAUGGCUGUCCUCCAGUCCAGUAAGACUGGUGUGUCCGUCAGUAACCUCCAGUCAGAGUAUAGUGCACUAUGUGGAGAGUUCAUCCCACUGAAAAAACUUGGCUUCUCAAAGCUAGAGGACUACCUCCGAAGCAUUCCCUCGGUGGUGAGGCUGGAGAACCGCAUGGGAGAGUUGAGAUGCUUUGCUACUGUGUUGGAGGAAACGGCUCACAUUGCUAAGCUGGUUGCCAGGCAGAAGAACUCAAAGAAAUCCGGGCGCUCCCAGUUCGUCAACUGCAAGAUGAGAUACAAACCCUUCAAUCCCUAUAUGCUUAAUGUGACUCCACGGUCCUCUCUUCGCCAGCCGUCUGCUGGAAGAUAUCCUAAUUGGACGGGAAACCGCUUUGGAGCGCAUGGUGGACAUACAAUGGAACGUAGAAUGACGUCUCCGUCACCAGCUUCAAGGGAGAAUGUCAUCCAGAGCAGGAGAGAAAAUUCUUCUAUGAGCCCUACAAACAAGAAUACCAGAGCAGGUCCUCCGAAAGACGUCUUGGUCCCCAGUAAAUCCCAGACUGAUCUGGAUCGGUAUGACGCGGAACUAGUUCAGAGUCGAGUAAAGCAGCUUCUGGAGAAAUGCCCUAGUGGAGUGUGGAUGUCCAAGCUGUCGGAUAAGUACAGUGAAAUGUUCAUGCAGAAGCUCCAUCCUCAGGCACUCAUCGAUCUGGAGAAGUGGUCGCAUAUCUGUUCGGUGGAGAAACCUUUCACAAGUAACCGUAGCGACCAACUCAUCUACCCUCUUCUCUCUUUGGACCCCCCAAUCAACCCUGUCAUCAACAUCAACCGCUCCUCUCCAGGGUCACAUCUGGAUUCAAAACGUGUUUCUUCUCAUCCGUCUACAUCUCAUCAGCUGUCUCCUUCCUCUAAAACCGGAGAUUCCCCCAGAAGUCCCUUGGCUGAGCCCACCUUUAUUUUUCCUCCGCAAUCUUCCACCACUGCUUCAAGCAAAGCACUGCCUUCAGUGACGUUACGCAGCCCUGGCCCAAACCCGAUUUUGACUCCCCGACUUCCCCGGCGUGGUAGUCACACAAUGUCUUUUGACGGCGACUCUAAAAUUCGUGUUUCUCCCAACCAAAGCACUCCUCCUUUAGCUCCCACCUGGACUGCCCUCGCAUCAACCCACACUUCCCCCGACCGUGAUGUCUUACCUCUCUUGAAAGCCACGUUCUCUUCACCUUCCAGUUCGGCUUCUACUCCUCCAUCGACACCCUGUCCUGCUGUAGUGUCGGAUGACAUGCGUGAAAAAAUAAAGGAGCUCCUUUCCAAGUCUAGUCAAGGUCUGUGGGCCGAUGCACUGCCCAAAUGUUUCAAGGAUGUGUACAAGACGCCCUUCCCUGAAGAGAUCCUGGAAAACUUGUCGUCGUUGUCUGAUAUAUGCACUGUGGAGUACCCUUUCCCACACAACAAGAAGAGGGCCAUUUUGUACUACUCGUGUCAAGUUAAUGUGGACCUGACAAACAACCAACAGACCCUAAUCAGCCCCCUCCCUUCUGGGUUGGAGGCACUUGGUCCUGUGGUUCCACCACCUCUGACCCAGCCCCCCGAAGUCUGUCCCUCUGUGUUGGUUACUGAGGCCAAGAGCACCAACGCUCUCACUAUCCGGUAUGUUGGUAACAACUACUCAGAUGCUCAGGAAGCCAUGGAGGACAUCAUGCAGAUCUUCUACAGCCGAAACUCGACGAAACGUCCCGUGUCUAACCCAGCCGUUGGUCAGCUGGUAGCAGUUAGAGGGGAGGAUGGAGAUGAGGUGGCCAGAGCGCAGGUGACGGAGAUCUUGGACUCCAACAAGGUCAAGGUGUUCUACAUGGACUAUGGCUUUUCUUUAGAGACCAGUCAGAACAGUCUGCUGGAGCUCCAUCAGGACUUUCUCUCGCUGCCUUUCCAAGCUAUCAACGUCAGGCUAGCAGAGUUGGAAGUGUUCAGCUCCCACCCACAGGUGCUGUCCACCUUGGAUAAACUGGCGGUUGGAAAGAUCCUGCGGAUGGAAACCUUGCAGCCAUGUCAACACAGCGACGUGCCCACGGCGCUGCUUUUUGAUACCUCACUAGAGGAUGAUGUGAACAUCAACUCCAUGUGCCUGAAGGCUCUGCAGGACAGUACGAUGAAUAACCCUCUGUCUGUAAACGUCGUCCUUAAAGAUGUGUUUGUGACAAGCGUGUGCGAAGAUGGGACCAUUUUCUGCCAACUUCCCUGCAGAGGAAAAGUCAGAUUGAGAAGGUUUCUGGAGAACGUGGAAGCAUUUUUCACCUCCCAGGUCACACCAGAGUCCCUGGUUUCCAGACCCUUCGGCGGAAAGUUCUGUUUAGCCCGUUACGAAGAUAAAUGGGCCAGAGCGGAAAUUACAUACAUGCAUGACAACCGCGUGAUGGAGAUUCUCUUCACUGACUUGGGCAUCCCAGCAACUGUCACAUUCACCGAUGUUCGAGAGAUUCCUCGACAUUUUCUGAAGGAUUUCAUCAUCAUCCCGCCACAGGCUGUUAAAUGUCGACUGGCUGACCUCGCCGUUCCAGAAGAAGGCUGGAGCCAGGAGCCCUUUUUGCUGCUAAAUGAGACUCUUCUUUCAGCAAAAGAGCUCAAAAUGAAGAUAUCAACAUUAAAAGAGUACAAAGGAGGCAGAGUGGUCUUUAUGUACCUCUUCGAUGGUGGUGAUGGUCAGAAGUUAGACGAAAGCAUCAACCAUCACUUGGCUCAUUCAGAGGUGUGGCAGAAAGUUGUAUCACGGAACACCAACACGGUCACCAGCACUGGCAGCAACAUUGUGGAUACAGAUCUCACUUCUCUUGUGGAGAAGUGGACGCUGGGAAACCCGGUCCCAAGUCCCCGCAUCAAGACCUCAUCUCCGCUACGUGCCAAAGACGAUGCAGCCGUAAAAACAGGGACGCAGCCACUCCCAUUACCCCCUCCACUAGACCUUCCACAGUCUGGUCAGAACAUGGACGUCUUUGUGCCGAUGGCUUGCCACCCGGGUUACUUUGUGGUACAGCCUUGGCAGGACCUCCAUAAACUCGAGGUGUUGAGGGGAGAAAUGGUCCUUUACUACAACCAGUGUGGAAAUACGAGCACGACAAUGGACAUCCAGAAAGGACGCGUCUACGCUGCCAAAUUUGACAAGAAUUGGCACCGCGUGCAGGUGAAAGGGGUUCUGUCCAACGGGUUGGUUUCCGUCUAUGAUUUGGACUACGGUAAGCACGAACUGGUCCCUCGCACUCUAAUCCAGCCUCUAAUAGAGGAGUUCAGACAGCUACCCUUCCAGGCUAUUGCUGCACAACUAGCAGGUGUGGCACAGCGCCAGUGGUCAGAGGAGACGUCGUCGUUGUUCAGGAAUCACGUGGAGCGGCGAGCGCUGGUAGCGCAGGUGGAGAGCGUUCGGGAAGCAUCAGAACUCAAAGGUGAGCUGUCGGCUCGCAGGUUGACGGUUUACCUGGUGGACACCUCAUCGGAAGAGAAGGACGUUUGGAUUCACAGCAUCAUGGCUGACAUCGAGAACGAGCUGUCUUCUGCUGCAAGCUAGGUGUCCACACAGACAGUGGUGAAGUAAGCAGACUUUUGGGCUCUUAGACAGUUGUGUGCACACAAACUACUCUUGUUUUGAUUCUUUCUAAAGUAAAAUGCUUGAAAUGACUUUUACUUUGGAAGGAAAAAUUGUACUUCCUCUGUGUUUGCUUGUUCAUGUUGUUUUGUAGGUGGCUUAUAAUCAGGCUUGAUUUACGUAUGUGAGCAAUUUUCUAAUGUUUGUGACGUGUUAUGGGCUGUAAAAUUUGUUCAGGGAAGGAUUUACAUUUCCAUUAUUUCAGAACAUGGAUAUGGAAUUGUCAAAUAUGUCAGAUUAAUGUGUGUUUUUGUUUGCUGUGGUUUAUGCAUACAAUACUCUACCUUUUUGGCAAUAUCUGUCUUCAGUUUACUGCAUGUGUGUACAUAGUUGUUGAAUUGUCAUUAUGGUUCAUAUUUCCAUUGUUUUUGAAAGAGAUGUAUCCACCUUGAUUUUUGUUAAGUGUGAGUUAGUGAUUGCAAAGAGAUGACAGAAUACAGUUUCUGUAAAAACAACAUUUUCAA